CAACGAGCCACACGAUUUUCCAUCGUCACCCAUUUCUCUCCGGUCUCCUUCCUUCUCACUACUAUACAUUAAACAGUUCAUUUUCAACUCAGUCAUUUCUCAACUUGUUUAUAGUUUCAGCUGCCUUCAAUUUUGUUAUAAACUUGCAUUAGAGAUUGAAUUACUUGCGGAUACCAAAGUUCGUUGAAUUUUACCAAGUUUUGUUCGCUAUUGGGAAACAUUUUAUCAAUGUUGCCUGUUUGCUCAGCCGCUGCUGGUUGUUCUUCACAUUCUCAGAUUUCUUUCCAUGGAGGUUUCCGGCCUUUCACUCCAUAUGAGAAGGACUUUCAGUUCAGAUGUAGUUCUCAAGACAAAUCUGCUUUGGGCAUGUCAAAUGGAAAUCAUCUCCAUAGAAUGUAUUUUAAACCACAAGCAACAAAAUCUUUCUACUCCGAUUUUGUUGAAAGCACUGAACAACGAGUAUCCAUGGACCUGAUUAACAGUUAUUCUAGCCCAGAUGAGUUGGUUGAUGUUAAAUGCAAAAUUUCUAAUGCAUGGAGUUCUUCAGUUGAAGCAAUAAUGUCACCCACAGAUGUAGAACUGAAAUAUGUUGAAAAUUCUAGCAUAUCUUCUGCAGAAGAGAAACUUGUGGAUUUGUCAAACCAGUCGGUUGAAAAUGUAAAUAAUUACACAGGGAUGGAGGGACCUGAAACCAUAUCAACUAUUGACACAAUACCUGAAACUCCAACUGCAGCAUCUAGCUCCGUGAACUUUGAUAAUGAUUCACUAUCCAGUGUGAAAACUGGUCUUGAUGAUUUUCUGGCUGGGGUUAACAAGUCUGUCAACUCUUCGCUAGACAAGGGAGAGAAUGCUGUGAAAAACUUAUUGGAAAAAAUUACUUCUUCUAUAACUUCUGUUAAGACGAGUACUUCUGAAGCUGUAGAUAAUGCUCAAGUUUUAGUUAACAAUAAGCUUUCAAACUUGUCAAAUGACAUGAAGGAAGCAUCAAGUAAAGCUAACAUAUUUGCUGUUGACUUGUUGAGGCGUACAAUUGUUGUAGUGGAGGAUUCUUUAUCAAACGGGGCUUCCACUUUCGUAUAUUAUUAUGCUUCUGCCAAGGAACGUCUUCCACCAGAGAUCAAAGACACACUGACUUUGUAUGAAGAGAGAACAGGAAAAGCCUUAAAGCCUAUUGGGGAUGCCCUGCAACAGGUUUACAUUGGUAUUGAGGGGCUGGAAAGGAGUCUAGGCUUUGACCCAAAUGAUCCCGUUGUCCCUUUUUUCCUUCUCACUGGCACCUCAGCCACUUUAUGGGUGUUUUACCGGGUAUGGGCAUACGGUGGUUACUCUGGGGAUUUAUCUCCUCAACUAACUUUGGAGCUCUUGUCUGGAAAGGAGAAUGUUUUACUUAUUGAUGUCCGGCCUGAGGUCUUAAGGGAGAGAGACGGCAUUCCUGAUCUUCGGCGAGCAGCUCGGUCUCGUUACGCUAGUGUAUCUUUACCUGAGGUUAAUGGCUCAAUACGGAAACUAUUGAAGAGCGGAAGGGACCUUGAUGACACCUUGAUUGCCACUGUUAUUCGAAACUUGAAAAUUGUUGAGGACAGGUCAAAGGUCAUAAUUAUGGAUGCUGAUGGUAGUCGUUCCAAAGGAAUUGCAAGAUCAUUGAGAAAACUUGGGGUUAAGAAACCAUAUCUGGUCCAGGGUGGCUUCCAGUCUUGGGUCAAUCAGGGACUGCGAAUUAAGGAACUCAAACCAGAGACAGCGCUUACUAUACUCAAUGAGGAAGCUGAGGCAAUAUUAGAAGAAAUUAGUCCUUCUCCGGUGCAAGUUCUUGGGUAUGGUGUGGGUUUAGUAGCAGCAAUUUACGCACUGCUAGAGUGGGAGAAAUCAUUACAGCUUAUUGGCAUUCUUGGCCUAGUCCUGACCAUUUAUGGGCGGGUCUCUUCAUAUGAGAGCUCUGAGGAUCUGAAGAAAGACAUAAGGUUGUUGCUAGCUCCUGUCACAUUUGGAGCUCAGGCAUUUUCAUGGGUUUCUGGGAAGUUAGAAACCAAUGGCAUUGGACUUCCAACCUCACCCUCAUCGUCAGAUGUUCAGAGCCGAGUGUUGCAGGCUGCUGCAAAGCAUGAAUCUAAACCAUCCGAUUCAGAAGAUCCAUCUGCCGACGCAAUGGCUCCAAGGAAUGAGAAAGCCGAUCUCUCUGAAGCAUAGGUGUUGACAUUUUUGGGUCCAAUCUUCUGAUGCUUGCGUAUGAUUGACCUAUCUUGCUUACCCCUUGGGCACGUGGCAUAGAAAUGGACAAAGGGUUGGUAUUGCUCGAAGCUCUGCUUCCUGUUGGAUAUGGAAUUCAAGUCCUCUGCCAGCCCUAUUGGCUAUUAGCUUGAUGCAAGCACCACCUUAAUCCUUGAAAAUAAAUGGCCAUCAACUUUAUGAUAGUUAACCAGAUACACGGAUAGUGGAGAUUUUUUAACUCUUCAAAGCUAAAAGACUUAUUUUCCUUUUCUCAGAA